AUGAACUCUUGGAACCCUGUCCCGCGCGCGCUGGGACAAACCAAACAGCAUCUGCUGCGACGACGGCAGAUGCUGGGUUCAUCUCAGCCGGUGCGGCCCAUCCAGCAGCUGAAACUGCGUAAAGUGCGCCAGAAAAGCCGCGGUCUUCUUAUCUGGCUCUACUCCAUCUCGUUGCUGACGUUCGGCAUCUCGUUUCUCCUUUUGAACUCGCUUGUGCCGAUCGAUGUCAUUUUGCGCUCGCUCACCAGCUCCAUCAUCGCAUUCAACACCCUCGUCAUCGUCUGUGCUUGCGCGCUGUUUCUGCUGCUCAGUGCCAUCAUCUACAUAGUUCGCAUUCUCAACAUCAAACGGCACCUGCAAGACAUUCCGAAACCAUACAUGCCCAUCACGGAGAAAGACAUUGGCAAACGAGAAGCCAAGUACAUUGCCCAGCAGAUUGCACGGACAAAGGAGAUUAAGAAAUUGGCAGGCCCUCAGGGCCCGCUGGACCAUGCUGGCCUGCACUGCGGCCAGGGCUCGGCAGACGUCCCGCUGCCGGACAACUUGAUAUACGAGAACGUGGUGUGUGCCAUUGGCGAAGACAUAAAGUACCGCCACGCGCUCCACCUGACCAGCACUUUCCAGAUCAAAGUCGAGCCCAAUAAGACGCUACGGGACAUAAUAUCCGCUGCCGUACAGAAAACAGAUCUUCCUGCCCGCGACUCCGAUCUAGUGGCGGAAUUUCUGGCGCACUACGAGAAACUAAGGUUCAGCGGGCAGCCGAUCACCAAGACCGAGUUUCUCACGUUCCUUCGCCUAUGGGACCACACAAGGACAAUACUGAAAAGACAAGUGUAG